CCCCCGUGGCUCGCCCGGGUCCUCGCCGUGGAAAGGUGACCGUGGCUGCCGCCGGGCCUGAGCAGGCGUCGGGCCAGGGUUUGCCACGUUAGUAGGUGGGCGAUGAGGGAACUGCGGGGUGUUUGUGCUCGGCCAAGCCUCGUGCGGCCCCGCCGGCGGCGCUGGAGCGGAGGACGGCCAGGCUCAGGGCGCACAGGCGCGCGCGGGGCAGGCGCGGAGGCGGAAGUGAGGGCACGGCCCGGCGAGCCGUCUAGGAAGCUACCGCCGGUAACUCAGCGGGAGCAUUCGGAGCCCUGCCGUACCGUCGCGAUUCAACUUCGGAUGCCGGCGCCAUGCCUCUGUUCAGUGCCAACCCGUUCGAGCAAGACGUGGAAAAAGCCACAAACGAGUACAACACCACAGAAGACUGGAGUCUGAUUAUGGACAUCUGUGAUAGGGUUGGAAGCACUCCCAAUGGAGCAAAAGAUUGCCUGAAAGCCAUAAUGAAGCGGGUGAACCAUAAAGUCCCUCAUGUCGCUCUGCAGGCGUUGACUCUUCUUGGGGCUUGUGUGGCAAACUGUGGAAAGAUAUUUCAUUUAGAAGUAUGUUCCCGUGAUUUUGCAACGGAAGCUCGUGCUGUGAUAAAAAAUAAGGCUCAUCCUAAAGUCUGUGAGAAACUGAAAUCUCUAAUGGUGGAAUGGUCAGAAGAAUUUCAGAAGGACCCCCAGUGUAGUCUGAUAGCUGCAACUAUUAAAUCUAUGAAAGAAGAAGGAGUGACUUUUCCUGCAGCAGGGUCCCAGACUGUCGCGGCUGCUGCCAAAAACGGUGCAUCAUUGAACAAAAACAAAGAAGAUGAGGACAUAGCUAAAGCUAUUGAACUGUCAUUGCAAGAGCAGAAGCAGCAGCAUGCAGAGACAAAGUCUUUGUAUCCACCUGUAGACAUUCAGUUAAAUAAUAAGACUGCGCAGAGAGUCAGAGCUUUAUACGACUUUGAAGCUGUUGAGGACAAUGAGCUCACCUUUAAACAUGGUGAAAUUAUCACCAUUUUGGAUGACAGUGAUGCCAAUUGGUGGAAAGGAGAGAGCCACAGAGGAAUAGGACUCUUCCCCUCUAACUUUGUCACGACUAACUUAAACACAGAGCCUGAGCCAGCAACGGUGGACAAAUUGAAUGUACUUGAUGAUGAAGUGGAGGAAAUUAAGAAAUCAGAGCCUGAGCCUGUUUAUAUAGAUGAGGAUAAAAUGGAUAGAGCCCUGCAGGUUCUCCAGAGCAUAGAUCCGAAGGAUUCAAAACCCGACUCCCAAGAGCUCUUGGACUUAGAAGAUAUUUGCCAACAGAUGGGUCCAAUGAUAGACGAAAAACUUGAAGAGAUUGAUAGGCGGCAUUCCGAGCUGUCUGAGUUGAACGUGAAGGUCUUGGAAGCGCUGGACCUGUACAACAAGCUGGUUAAUGACACGCCUCUCUACCCGGUCUACUCCAAGCUUCACCCAGCGCACUACCCAUCCACAGCAGCUGGGCUUCCAGUGCAGACAUAUCCAGUUCAGACGCAUGGUGGGAACUACCUGGGUCAUAAUAUUCACCAAGUGUCUGUUGCCCAGAGCUAUGGCCUAGCACCUGAUCCUGUGGGCUCACUGAGAUCUCUGCCUCCAAAUAUGAGCUCCGUAGUAACAACACAUACUGUCCAAACUCCAUAUUUAAGCCCUGCACAGGACACUGUUUCCAGCCCUUCUUACGGGAACCAGAGCUCUCAUCUUCAGUCAGCGGCAGGUCUAACGGCUUACACACAGCCCGUGAGGAUGUCAGCAGAUGUGUCCUCUUACCAGAACACAGCAUCCGGGCUGCCACAGCUGGCUGGCUUCCCAGUGGCAGUCCCUGCACCUCCAGCCGCACAGCCGUCCCCCAGCUACCACCAGCAGCCUCUCCUUUAGAGACACACCAGGGCUGUUGGAGUCCCUGGAUGUGUGUCACUCAACCCAGAGGGUUCUGAUGGGAAAUACUAAGACUUUCCCCUCUCAAUCAGAAAGAACCAUGCAUAAUAAAGCACAAAACCCACCUUACCCUGAAGGCCAUAAAAGGGUUGCUUUUUUUUUAUUUUUCAAGUCCAGUUCGCUUGAAGCUCAUCUUUUGAUCAGAGGCAGCUUACUGAUGUUUCGGGUUAGUUUUGCUGUACGUUUUGGGGCCUCAGUGAAUAAGUAGCCUUAUAACACUACAGUGGUGUAAAAUAGGAGUUGAGACUUUUUCUUUAAGGAAACGACUGUUUCCUUUCAGAUGUGAUUUGAGGAGCACUGAAGACCUUUAAGUGUUUUUGUCUGCGUUUUUUUCCGAAUUUCCCCCACCCUAUUACUUUUAGUGUAAGCCUUUAGCUCGCCAGUGUAUUUCCUGUGGGCUCCUUAAAUUACAGUUGUGUUUGCAGCGCUGUCGGUUCUGCUCUCAGUGUUCUGCUGAGUAAUAAUUAGCAUCUAAUUGUCUACAGAAGCAGGAGCAAUUUGGAAGGAACAAAAGUGUUCUCUGUAACCAGCAGUGAAAGCCAAUCAGUGCAAAUGUGGCUAAGCAGCUAGCCAAUCCUGUAACAGCAGAGGGCCUAGGAACGCUCCGUACAACAUUAGCCUUCCCUGAGGAAUCCCUGUCUUUAGGAUUGCCACUGUUGGCCUUUUCAAGUGACUUUGGCCUUGUCUCAUGAAGGUGCUGUCAUUUGGCUUUCCUUCCUGCCAGGAGAGUAUACUUCUUAGGGAGACUUUCUUCCUAGUCUGCCGUGGUAGAAACCAUCCUGGGUGUGAAGUGCGAGGUGGGUGUGUUACCUUCUUACAGAAGUGACUGACAUUGCAGUGGUAAGCUGCUGAGGAAUUGUGUGUUCCCUCAGAAAGAAAGCUGAGCCUGUGCAGAAACUGCAGGCAGUGAUUUGGUAGAAAGGGUGUGACUGACAGGAGAGGACAGGCUGUCUUUCUGAAGUCACAUUUUAAAUUAGUGCAUAAAUUAGUUCAUUAGAUCCUACGUACUGUGGGAGCUGGUGAUAACUAAAGGGGUGUUCUCUUAAAACUUUGCACACUACUCUAUUGUACCAACUUUUUACAUAGCAACAAACUAGAAAACACAGAUGCACGGGCUUCAGAUACAUUAUACUUAGACUACGAACGUGUUCCAAGCUUAAUUUUUUAAAAUAAAAAUUUUUGCAUGAAUGCAUUUCUGUAUAUUUUUAAGCACUUAAUCUUUCUAUUAAAAAUCCUUUGGAAGACAAUUUGUAAAUUUUAUCAUUACUCUGUUUAUAGAUAUUUGAUUACAGAUAUGUUCUUUUUUCAAAGAAACUUUAUUCUAGAACAUGCUACUGCAUAAAACGGCCCACACUGAAGAGAACAGUCGGUACCUGCAAGCCUGUGUUCUGUGAGUGUCUGAUGUUAGCACCAGAGACUGGAAAGAUUUUCAGCCUUAAGCCAAACCCCAUGUUCUGUUUUACAUGUCGCAUUUCCUUUCAGGUGAACUCACUUAUGUACUUACAAGAAUGUACUGUAACAUGGCACCUUACUUUUUUGGAAACAAAUCUUGUGUUCUUUAACAAUUAAGGGAAUAAAUUUUAAAGUAUCCAGUGCUGCUCCGGAAAAUGUUUGCAUAAAUGACAUACCUUACCUUUCUCUUCCGAGCUGUUUUUAUAAGCUCAUCCCAAUGUUUGUGCAUUCCAUGUUUAAUUCUUGUCUAAAUUAUGAAAGCUUUAUUCAGUAGAAGCCUUUAAGUCAUUGUGAAUACUGCAUACCCACUAAAUGGGGACCAGACAGUAAAGCGCAGCUGUUCUGGAAUAAUAAGACAUGAUCUGUAUAUAAAGAGUAUAUAUUGGUGUAUGUGAAGUUUAAUAUAUGCAGAAGUUUCUUCCUCCUCAAAAUGAUUUUAUUUUAUCCACUCAUAAAUUUGUGUUGCGGAGUUAUUGAAAGCAUAAAAUGAUAUUAAAUCUGUAUUGAUCUGGUUUCAGUAUUAAUACAAAAUGUAAAGAUAUAUUUUUUCUUCCCAUGAUCCUAUGAACUGUACUUAAUUUAAGAUGUUUGUAGUUACUUAUUUUCUGCCAAAGGAAUAGUCUACCUUCAUAUUUCUACAUUGGGUUUAUAUUUAAUGUUUUCUAACAAAAAUUUUCAUUUUUCAUAUAAAUCUUGAUAUAUUUGAAAAAUCCUUUAAAAAAAGAAUUUUAUGAUAUAAAACAUCCCCUAAAUAUUAAAGUGGGGUAUGUUUGAAAAAUGAACCGUCAGCCAGCAUUUUUUUUAUUUGAUAAUUUGUUUACAAAAUUAUCUAUACAUUAUCUUUUUAUUAGCAUUUAAAGAUGGAUUUCCAUUAUGCUCUUUUAAGUACUUGAUAUCUGACUAAUGAUUGUAGUAUAAAUUGAAGAUGAUAAUAAAGUUUCAUCCACAUUUUGAAAGCUAAUGGUAAACAUGACUGGGCUAGGGAUAUAACUCAAUGGUAGAGUUUGUUCUUCACAUAUGGAAGGCUUUAAUUUUUAUCCCAGUGUUGCAAAAAGGGUGAAGAGGGCCUUAGGGAUCCUUCUCUCUUUUAAAAAUUGUGUGUGUUGUAUGUAUAUAGGUGUUUUGUCUGCAUAUGUCUGUGUACCACAUUGCAUGCCUGGUUCCCCCAGAGGCCAGAAGAGGGCAUCAGAUCCCCUCACUGGAGUGAGAGAAGGUCGUGAGCCACCAUGAGUGUUGGAAGUUGAACUGGGUCCUCUAGAGCCGAGCCAUCUCUCCACCCCUGGAAUUGCUUUUAAAACUUUUUCUAGGGAAAACAACAUGCAAGACCCCUGAGUUCUAGGACAGGGUUUGUUGAAUUGUUAUAGUGUGGCCCCAGUGGUUUUUGAUUUUUUUUUGUUUUUGUUUCAUUUUGUGUUUUUGAGUCAGGGUUGCUCUGUAUAUCCCUGGCUGUCCUGAAGCUCACUUGAGCUCACAGAGAUACAUCUGUCUUUGCCUUCAAGUGCUGAGAUUAAAGGCAUGGUAACAAAGGUUACCAAUGUUGGUUUUAAUGCUAAUAGAUUAUAAAUAAUACAUCACUGACUUAAUGAUUCUACCAAAAGGUAGUUUUCUUUUUUAUUGACAUCAACUUUAGCUCAUAGAUAAAGGGAGCACUCAGUUUGAUUUUGUUGGCUUGUUUGACUUCAUAUUUUCUUUAUAAGUUUCUGUUCCCCACCCCCCACCCUGGGAAAUCUUACUAUAAAUUUGUGAAGCUAAGAUUGAAUUUGAGAGUUGUUUUUUUUUUUUAACUGACUCUAAAGGAAUGAUGUGGCUUACAUGCUAGAAUGAAAUGAAGUGUCCCUUUUACCUCAAACCCAUGGCUACUUAGAAUGUCAUAGGUGACCUUACUUGGAAAUAGUCUGAAGAUAAGGUUAGUUAAGGAUGUUGAGCAGAAACCAUUCCAACACUGGAUGGGUUGUAAGUCUAUGACUGUGUCUUGGAUGGAAAAAUGGAAAGGCAGGACUGUAGUGAACUGGACAGGAUCGCCAUUACAAGAUGGUGCCGACAUCCUGUCUUGUUGGAAAUAAACAACUCCAUAUUUGUCUAAGCGUUUGAGAGCUGCGUGUCCCCCGCUUCCCGCAUGCGCGGUGGAUAAGGGUCCCUGGGCCUGUCCCGAUGCAGUCUAGUGUCAGCUGUUGGUGGCAGCCAAUCACAGGGCGACCCGUGUGCCAUUUCCAGAUAUAAGCAGCUGCCUUAGGGCUCUCGGGCCCCCUUUGCUUCAUGCUCUCUCUCAACCAAGGGCACUCCAAUAAAGCGUGAUCUGAGAAGAAUCCUCGUGUGGUGGUUGUUCUUUCUCGCUGGUCGAGAAGUCUGCCGCACAGGACCCAGUGAAUGAAGCCCCAUGGAGGUGGAGACAGAGGAAAGUAAGGACUGCCUAGAACCACAAAAGGAACAGGGAGGGACAGGACUUCACCCUGAGCUGUUGAGGGCGCAUGCUCUGUGAGCGCUGCAGGUGCAGACUUCUAACCUCCAGAGCUGGGAGAAAAUAAGUGUCUGUUGCUUUAGUUAAUUAAGCCUCCAAAGUUAUAGCACUUGAUUACAAAGUCCUGGGAAAUUAGCACAUAGCCAGUUCUAGGUAACUCUCAUUAACAUUAGUAGGUUUUCUGUCCUCCCCCCUCACUAAUAGGUUUCUCUGCCAAUGCAAUAAGAUGAAUUGAAAAAGUAUAAGAGCAGCUUUAUUUGGGCAAAGCAACGCCCAGGUGGGUUCUCCAGACCCGGAGAUGGAGGCUGGAGAAGCCAUGCCCACAAAUGAAAGCAGGGAGACUUUAUAGGUUGUAGGCUAGGGGUGAUGAUGUAGCAACCUGGAUUAUGCCCACGUAUAGUCAAAAGCUGAGCGCUUUAGGGGGACACUUGGGCAGCUGGCUACCUGAGGGGAGGAAGCUAUAGUAGCCACUAAGAACUCAGAACUGGGCCUUUUGGUGCCAUAUUUUUGUUUGGAGACUGGGUUUUGGAGAGAUACACAGGAAUGGGGCUUUCUGGAUCCUGCAGGGAGCUGGAGGCUCCAUCCAGACAAACCUUGACACAAGAGUUGUCAAAGAUGCAUGCAGUCCAGUGGGCUAAACCACAAUGAAAGUGCAUGAUGAUAGAUGAAUCUAAAACCCCUAUUAACCCAUAAUCCAUUUUAAUAAUUUGUUUCCCCAUGUCUGUAUUUAAGUAUUUGUUCCCUUUAUGUGAGAGAUAUUGACAGGUAACAAGCGCUGUUGAUUUGGACUUACCGCCUACUCCUCAGCCCAUCAUGAGUAAUGAAUAAAUAUUAAAAGGCAAACAAGGAGCACAACUGGGUAGAGACAAAGGCUACUAAACAAUGGGGAUUAAUGGUAAAAAUGAAGCUUUUAAAAAUAAAAAUACUUUCAAAGCAAAGAAUUAACAGUACUUGACAUUAAGUCUAGGAAGCAGUGAUUUUUUUAAUUGAUAUUCACAUUAUAAAAUUAACCAUUUUAAAGCAAAUAAUUUUAAUGGGAUUUACGUAUAUACAUUCACAGUUCACCAUGAAUUUGAAAACCAGACAGUUUUGUGUUUGACUCUUUCACUGAAUGACUUUUACUUAACUUGUUUCUGUUUCUGGUGACCAAUUCUAAAGCCUUGUGUUUGUCAGGCAAAUGUUAUACCUCAGAGCUAUGCUUGAUGGGUUUGCUGUUUGUGGUCUUCCCCAUCCCACAUGACAGGUUUUUCAUGUAGCUUUGUAACCUCUCCUAGAACUCGCUCUAGACCAGGCUGGUC